AUGAUUGAACCGAAAGAAGUUUUUCAAACGUUAAUAAAAUUUGCAAAAUAUACUGGAAUUUGGCAAAUGCCACAAACAUCAUGGAUUUAUCGUCUGAAUGGGCCAGAUAUCAAAACUGAACGAAAACACAUUAAAAGAUUUACUAAAGAAGUGCGACUACUUCAUGGAAUUCUUCUCGUUUGUGCAAUUUGUUCUGCCAUUUCGGUGUCUUUGAUUCCAUUUUUUAAUAUUUCGAAACAUGAGUUAAGUGUUAGAAUGCAUUUUCCUAUGCUUGAUUACAAGAAUAACGACACAAUUUUUAUUACUAUUGCUGUGUUGCAACUGACAAUUGUGCUUGGGGCUAUAGCUAACAUAACAUUGGAUGUUUUUCCAAUAUAUUUUAUGUGUUAUGCAAUUGGACUUAUUGAAGAACUUGGAGAUCGACUUGAGAACAUUGGAAGUAAUCAUGCAGUCAUUGGUCAUCAAGAAGAAAAUGACGGCAAUGAUUUAAAUGAACUUUUGAAAUGUGUUGAAGUUCAUCGUAAGAUAAAACGACUCGUAUCUGAAAUUGAAGAACAUUUCUCGUUUGUUAUAAUGUUGCAAGGAUUGAUGAGUUCGUUGAUAUUUUGUGCGACAGCUUUCAUGCUUUCUUUGCUGUCACCAGUAAAAGAUUUUCCAUUAUUUAUUCGAUUCGGCACAUACGCGAUUACGAUGGUGAUUCAGAUAUUUUUGCCGUGUUAUUAUGGAAACGAAAUUGCAACUUCAUCAAUGAAACUUUCAACGCGAUUUUUUCACUGUAAAUGGAAGAAGCGCGAUAAGAAGUUCAAUCAAGCAAUGAUUUUCUUCAUGGAAAAUACUAAAAGAACGAUCAAUAUCAGAGCUUUUGAAUUAGUUGACUUGAACAUUGAAACAUUUAAUGGCAUUUCCAAGUUUGCUUAUUCUUUGUUUGCAUUAGUUUCAAGAGUCAAUAAUCGUGAAUAG